AUGACGGACACCGAAAUGCAAGAGCAAGAUGUGCCUUCUGGUGCUGAUGCGGCUCCGGUUGAGACCAAAGGUGUUGAGGAAGAAGAGCCUUCAGAACCAGCGAAGGACCAAAACUCCAUUGAAAAAUCUCAGUCCCCUGUUCCCGAGGAUACGACUCUUACUUUGGAGAGUGAUGUUCAUUUAUCUGAUGCUCCCAUUACUAAUGAAACUGAGGCUAGUGAAGAGGCACGUGGUCAGAAAAGUGUUGAUGGGAAUAACGGUGAUGUUGAUCAGUCUGAAAAGAAGGUUUCGAGUGAUGGAGGUCAAGAGGAGACAACUCCUCUGGAGGGGGAACCAUCGACUCCUCAAGUUGCAGGUGAAAGUGUUAAGAAGUGGAAGACGUGGUUGCUGAGUGAUUCCGAGGUCAGGGAAGUUGAUGAAGCAGGGACGCCAGAGGAUCAAGAGGCGUUUAUUAAAGAAGUGGAGUCAUACCACAAGGAGCAUUUCCUGGAAUUUAAAGCCCCAAAGUUUUAUGGACAGCCCUUAAAUUGUCUCAAGCUAUGGCGAGCCGUCAUCAAGUUAGGCGGCUAUGACGUGGUCACUACAUCUAAGCUAUGGCGGCAAGUUGGUGAAUCCUUCAAUCCUCCGAAGACAUGCACUACAGUCUCCUGGACAUUCCGCAUCUUUUAUGAGAAGGCACUUUUAGAGUAUGAAAAGUUUUUAAGGCAAAAGGGUGAGCUUAACCUUCCUGGUUCAGCUUUUCUUCCGUCUUCCGCCCUUGAAAAGGAGGCAAGUAGCCAUCAAGGUUCAGGGUCAGGCAGAGCACGAAGAGAUGCCGCAGCUCGUGCUAUGCAAGGUUGGCAUUCUCAGCGCCAUCUUGGAUCCGGGGAGGUUACCGAGCCUAUUGUUAAGGAGAAAGGCUUAAAUUCAACCCCAAAGCAAAAGAACCUCAAAAACAUUGGUGUCCAGAAGCAAAAAACACCAACUGGCGUGGACCUUAGUUUAUCACACGAGACAGACAAACAGUCAUCUGCCGAGGUUAUUGAUGUUGGACCCCCUGCAGACUGGGUGAAGAUAAAUGUCAGAGAAACUAAAGACUGCUUUGAGAUAUUUGCGCUGGUACCUGGACUUCUUCGCGAAGAGGUCCGCGUUCAAUCAGACCCAGCAGGGCGGCUAGUUAUAGCAGGACAUCCUGAGCAGCUUGACAAUCCUUGGGGAAUCACUCCCUUCAAAAAGAUUGUCAACUUUCCGGCAAGAAUCGACCCGCUGCAUACAUCAGCGGUUGUGAGCCUACACGGCAGACUGUUUGUGCGAGUCCCAUUCGAACAGUGA